ACGUUACGGACCGUGUCAGCAGUGGUGGUGUUAAGGUGGCUAUAGUAUCUUUUCCUCCGCGUCGCUUUUAGCAGCUGCAGCGGUUACCAACCCAGAGCUGAAUACCGAGCUGUUCUGAGGAGGUAAACAGGCUAUUUUUGGGAGGUUUAUACGUGUGUUACAAGCAACAAUAGUGAGAACAGGGCAAAUGAAUCGGCUCAUCCGGGAUGCGCUGAGUCGCCUCUGUUUCCACAAAAGUGCAUUCCAGGGGAUUGUUGUUUCCAGUGCAUGAGGUCUAGGGAGGAUGUUAAAUACCCCAAAAACCACAAGAUUGUAAGCUGUAUAAAUGUUGCUUAACAUUAGUAGUAGCCCAAAGACAGUCAGGACGAGAGAUUAGCAGCCAUGCUGCUUGGUAGCAAUAAGCAUGAAUUGGGAUAUCCAUGUUUAGCCUACAUCCCAAAUGCUUAGGAUAAUCUCUAUUGUUUGCUUACACUUCAACAGUGCAGUAUUGUUUGGCUAGCGGUAAAAAAAAAAAAAAAAAAAGAGUAUACAGUAAUCUUAGUUUAGUCAAUUAUGCAGGUUUAUCUUCAUUAAUACUUUACCAUUUAGAGAUUUUGUUUUUAAAGUUUUGUAUUCCAAUUUAUUCUCCCAAAACCAGCCCACUAAUACAUUUGCUUGUUGCGUUUACUCGUAUUGAGAGAGCAUGGAUGAAACCCUGGGUCUCUGACUCAUGAAUGGUACUGCAGUGUUUCAUGUCACAUUUUAAGAGCACUCUGUUGCUGUGUUGCCCAUGUCAUAGUCCAGACCUGACAGACAGUAGUAAGGAGUAGUCAUCCCCUGCGUGGCGUUGGUGCUGCCUGCUCACUGAUAUAAAGGGAUGAUGUAAUGAGGAAAGAAAAAGGGCCAGCAGCGAUGGAUGGUAUCCGAGUCCCAAUUGAAUGCUGGGUGAGAAGAGUGGGGAGGUGUCCAGGAUGCACAAAAUGUAACACUAUCACUCCGGGAACCUCACACCACUCCCGGUGUGGCCUACCUGGCCUGUGUGUGUGUGUAGGCAUUACUGGAGGGUAUCUCUAUGUAUUUCUUUGACUGACAUACUUGUGUCUGGGAGAGAGGAAGCGACACAGCGGGAUGCAGUAUGACAAGCAACAGUUGGCCGCUAUCUGUCUCACGAGGGGCCAAUAUACAGGCUCUCAUAGAGAGAGGCUUAAAUAUACACACUUAAUGGGGGAUCAUUGCAUUUGACUUGAUUGAUGGCCAAUGAGCCAGAGAGUAUGUCUCUGUUAGCGUCAACUCAGUUGCACCUGCCAGUUUAGAGUUACCGAGAGGGAGACCGUGUGUGUGUGUGUGUGUGUGUGCAUGCAUGUUUGAGUGAGAGACAAAGAGGAAGAGAGAGUGGGCGGAGGAAAGGUGAUCAAGGCAGGCCAUCGGGGGAAUAGACAGUGAUACAUUUUCUCGUGAAAGCACAGAAUGUAACAGGGGGUUACUGUCAGAGUUACGUUUUUCUCUCUCUUUAUUUCCCUCCAUCUCACACACUUGCUCUGCUGUCCUCUGUUUGCCUGUCUUUCUCCUCCAUCUUCCCAUCCCUCUGCCCGUCUUCAGAGGCUGAUGUCAUGGCUCAAGUGUUUUUUUUAAAAAGCUUGCUCAAUCAUCUUAGUCUCACUGAUUUACAGCUGCAGGACAAGCUUGUUCCCCCGACCUUCCCCAAUCACCAUCUAUAAUCAGAUCUCGCGUUUAUGAAGUGUUAUAAUUGCAAUAACUAAGAGCGAGCACAAGGGGAAGCAGCUGAUGGGGACACCUGGACAUUGUGCCUACACAUUUCCAAUGAUCAGAUGUGGAGGCAUUUCGAGGCAGAGACAGAAAUGAGGAUACUGAAGAAUAUGCAUAUUAUCAAAACAUAAUGUACGGGUACAUCUUUACUUAGACAUGUCCUGACCAGCCAGGAUCCUUGUCUUUUUGAACUAUCCUAAAUUCUAUUUCUGUCCAGUGAAUUUGAAUGUAUCCAUUUCAGUCGGCGUACGAAUAAACGCAAGUUUAUCGCAGCAGUGUAAAAAGGCAGACUUUAAAAACAGUCUCUAAGCAGUCAAGGAUUGAGACGUGCUUUGAACUAAUUAGAGACUCAACGCAGAGGUAUUAAGGAAUCUAUCCCGCUAAGUGUUGGAAUACUACCUUGAGUACACAGUAGGGCAUCAAUCUGCUCCGCUUUUGACGAUGCUUGACGAGUGUUUGCUGCCUGCUUCUUGCAGAUCAUCGCCAAUGGAUGAACACAUGCAGAAUUUGAACAACAUGGUUUUUAGAAUUUCUCUUCAUUGUAAUCAAAAAACACAUGCAGCACCUCAAUUCUUUGCUUCUGUAGUAUCCAGCCCAUCACAGAUUAAGGCAAUUCUGAAAUGUCUUGGGUAAAGCUAUAUGCUUUAUUAGAUACAACAAUAAAAAUAUGAUACUAUUUUAAUUAUUUAAUGUAAUGGAGCAAGAUGUGUGUGUAUGUGUGUUGUGCUGCAGGGCUGUGAGAGUGUUGCUGUUGGGAUUCUCUUAAUCAAAGACUGUAUGAAUUGUUUAUAUCUACAGUGCUCUGUAGGAGAAAAAUGCUUCUGUUAGACCUCAGAGGUCUUAAACAUUUUGGGAUUAUGGUUCGCUGGUUUGAAAUGUAUCAUAAAUGGCUUACUUAUUCUUAAUUCACAUCUAAAAAUUGUAUUUACUGUAUCUGCUAGCUCAUAUUCCGCUGCAUUGUGUGCCGUACAAACGCAAGCGUUGGUAUCGUCUCUGCUGAGCAAUAUAUUGAUGGAUACAUAUUUCCCUUUUCUGCUCCCAUGGUUUAAGUGUUUUCCAGUAAGUGACACUUAGUAAUGUGUACAGGCGCAGCUCUCCUGCUUUUUAUAAUCUGCCACUUACUUAACUGGGAAUGGCGGGACCUUGCAGAAGCUGAUAAUGAAUUAGGUGUUGAAACUGUACUGGCGAGACCGUGUCGACGCGGCCCACUGUAGUCCGGAGUUGCUCAUAGGUCAGAGUGUCAGUGUGUUUGAGUGAGUGUGUGUCGGUCGCCAUAAAAAUAGUUUGCUCUGGUACUUAAAUGAGAUCAUUCCUAAGCUGCUGCUGCUGCUGCUGCUGCUGCUGUGUCAUGUCCGUUUUAAUUGUUUUUAUAAAUCUUUGCUUCACAUGAAAACAAAAAAAAGUCGCGUUUUAGUUUUAGUACAUUAAGGGUUGUGAUCCAGAACUGUGAAACCACAUCAAUUAGUGAUGUUUGCUCAAGAUGUUGAUGGGAGAUUUUGUCUCGUCAUCUUUUGUAAAGUCACAUGGGUUAAAGGAUAAUGUCUGAAGUAAAUAGAUAAUAUCUUCAAUAGCGACCUAAACUAAUACUUUAUUGGUCUCCUGAUUCUGGCUCCGAAGUGACAUCAUUAGCACCUGUCAGUUGUCAGCUUUUCACCAUAGCUCCGUGAUCCUCGGCUCGUGGUCAGAAAUGUCUGUGGGGGGGCCAGCUGCUUUUUUGACCACGUCUGCAGGCACACCCAUUACUGUGGUGUGCUGUGGAAACCCCAACGUCUGAAGCCCGAGUGAUUGGUGGACACAUAGUUGCAGGAGGGCUACAUAUUAUUUGGAGCCAUCUAUGACCGUGUAGCUUGGAUUUCUACAUUGCCGCUUCAUCAUUGAUCCGGAACAUCUUAACUAAGGCCAUCCACGGCACUAGUUAUUUUUCUCCAUUCCUUGGCUUUAGCAUGUCCCUUAAGUCCACUGUUGACGCUAUUAAACAUUCUGGACUUUCCUUAAUUGAUCUCCGAAAGCAGUCCAUUUGAAAUGUAGACACAAGCUGCUAAUGGAGCCACAUUACCAUACAUUAACGGAUUCCCUUCGUAGAGACUGCUGGACUCUUCCUGAACCCUACCGCACAGUAAUUCGUUAGAUGUUGAUUUUUGUGCCCGUUUUGUUUAUUGUCAAGUAUGGGUGUGAAGGGAGGAGAUGGAAGUGAUCUAAAUAGCAUGUUGCACAGUAGCUGCCUGGUCGGUUUUAGGUAUCCAGGCUCCAAAUGUGAGAUGCUAAUAGCAGUUGUUACAUCAUCAUUCUGAGAAUAGCAGGGAGUCUGGGGUCUAGAGGUGCCUCUGGCUGACCGUGCUGCAUAUAUUCAGCCUGUGUGUGUGUGUGUGUGUGUGUGUGUGUGUGUGUGUGUGUGUGUGGUCAUUUCCAAAUAUACAGUCCCAUAUGGAUUACACAGCAGUACGAUUAUUAAUGACACAGGUGAGUGGACACGUAAUUAGUCUGUGUAUAUUUACAGCCCGAUGUGACGCCGACUGAACGCGGCCUACCAGCGAUAAAAAGAGAGAGAGUCGCUGUGUCUGCCUCUCUCCGUGUGCAUCUCGGGAGCAAGCCGUCUUCCCAGGCAAUCAAAAGUGUCAGCGUCAGAGAGAAAAUCUCAUGCGAGAACAAUUUGACACUCCUGUCAUUUUUUUUUUUGCGUGGAGUGGUCCACUUGACAUAGCCCCACGCUGACGACACCGGCUGCUGUGUGACAUUAAAGCCCUCUCUCUGUCUGCUCACUCCCACCGCCAUCCCGCUUUCAUUUCACCGUACAUAACACGUCAGAGAUGUACGGACCUGAUGCAUUCCGCACCAUAGAAUUACAUAGUUUGUGUUUUUUACAGUAUGUGGAGGUGAGUGUGUCUGUCCUUGUGUGCAUAUGUGCGUGCAGACUGUGUGUAUGGUAUGCACUGGUAUGCACAAACGUGCGCGUGUGGUAAAAUAGAGAUAGUCAAACCUGUCGCUUAGCCCCCACCCAUCUACACCGGAGGGGGUAACUUUCCAGUCCCAUAGACGAGCAUGUCUGAGUCUGAAAAUAGCCGUAUCUGAUCACUGCUUCACCCAAACGGGGGACUCUCUUUCCCUGUCACUCCCACUCUUUGGCUCUCUCACUUUCUCCUCGUUCUGUUGUCUCUGUGCUCCCCAGGCAUUAAACGGGGAAAGUGUGUCCCCCUGCAGCAGAUCAGUAAGAAGUGCUCUUCAAUAUGAAUACAGAUAGCGGAGGAUGCUCUCGCAAAAGCGCGGCCUUGUCACUCAUGCUCUCUCCCAUGAAGAGGGUCCAGAGCUCACCAAAUCUAGGCUCAGGGAGUGAUUCUCACUCAUCAGACUUGGAUUCUUGGCGGUCACGCAGUGCAACAGAUGACUUUAGGAAUGGAGACGCCAGCAGCUCAUCUCUUGCUGCCAAAGGCUUCCGCAGUGUCAGACCCAACCUGCAGGACAAAAAGUCCCCAACACAGGAUAUGAGUCAUGUGCCAUUGCCACCCCCCAGAAGAGAGAGUUUAUACUUCUCACCCACGGGCACUAAUCCGCCUGACUACAGCUCCCUUGGUGCCCUGGCUAAUGAUUUUACCCCUGGGACGCUAACAUUCACGCAGAAUGGGAAGGCAGUUUUGAAAGAGUCCUACACUAUUAGUAGCACCUCCUCUUACUCUUACUUGGAGACCAACGCAAACUCAGUCCAGCAGGCACACCAGUCCACUCUCCUGGAUGACAUGAGCAGCUCUAGUGCAUCUGCCACCACUAAUUCACAGGCCCAGGAGCGUAAGGUGUCUUCCCUCAAACUAACCCCUGUCACCAUCCCCGACCCCCCGGCUCACCGCAACUCCUACCUUCACCCCCAACCUAAGACCCAGACCACAGGUUCCCCUCCACCGACUUCCCCGCCUCCACAAAGGGGUCCCACUCCGUCUCAACCCCUGACACAGGCGGCCACGCUCUCUGUCCGCUUGGGCCCGGAGGAUCUCAAACAUCCGGAGCGUCGGGCUUCAAGCACCACAACGGAGCUAAAGGUCCCAGAUCGAGCCCCAGAUCAAACCCUGAGCCGAACUCCAGCCCAGGUGGAGAUAAUGAAGGCUCCUCCUGCAGUUCCACCAAGACCUUCUCCUGCAGAGCUGUUGGGCCAGGUCCUCUCUCACGCUAUGAAUGGGAGUGCUCCACAGAGGCCCCUCUCUCCUCUAUCCUAUCCUCCUCCCCCCACCUCACUCCACACUGGGCUCCAGAGACAGAGCCGGAGUUCAGAGGGCAGCGAGUCACUUACCAGAGAGUCUGUGGUGCUGGGCCACACCAGCGUCAGCAGCACGGUGCCCAUCGCUCGCUUCUCAGAGGAGGAGAAAAGGGUGUCCGUUAUCAAAGCCCCUCAUUACGAAGGCAUCGGCCCCGUGGACGACUCUGGCAUCCCUAUUGCCAUCCGCACGACGGUGGAUAGGCCGAAGGAUUGGUACAAAACUAUGUUCAAACAGAUCCACAAGGUUCACAAAGCAGAUGAUGACUAUUCUGACACAUACAACGCAACAUAUGCUGUCAUAAACAACGAUGACUACAGCCUGACAUCCCAUGCCACCAUGGCCCACCCUGCUCCCCGGACACAUACGUACAGGCCACUCGCCAAAAGCCCCUCGGACAACGGAGGGCAUCCGGGCCCUCGUGAGCCUCCGCCGUCCCCUGUACCCCCACCACCUCCGCCCAUGCCAUCUCUCCUCCAGCUGAGGGCCAGAGACAGCGACCGUGAGAGAGACUCGCCUGACGCGAAUGAAUGGGGUCCUCCCAACAGGAAGGUGGACACACGAAAGUACCGCGCAGAGCCUAAGAGCAUUUUUGAGUACGAGCCGGGAAAGUCCUCCAUCUUGGAGCAUGAAAGACCAACCUAUGAUGACAUAGAUUUAGAGAACGAGCCUUGGUAUAAGUUCUUUUCCGAGCUGGAGUUUGGGCGGCCGCCUCCUAAAAAACGGCUGGAUUAUAAUCCAGACAUCUCCGCUCGCCAACGUAUUGAGACAUCCCUGCACAUCGCUCCUGCUCACAAGGCUCCUGAGAGACCUGCAAGUGCUGCCAGCGACUACAGGAAGAGAAGGAAGUCUGAGCCGACGAGCUCCCAAGUCAAUGCUCAGUCUCAGAGCAGAGCUGCAACUUCCCCUAAACCAGUGGACGCCUACAGACCCAGCAGCAGCCUAAAGAAACCGGUGGUUCAUUCCUCACCGUCCUCGCCCUCCAGAGCCAAAGGUGGGGACGCAUGCAACAUGUAUUCAAACAGUUUGACCUCCCCAGGUCCUUAUCAUCUCCCCCCUGUCCCCUCCGACCCUGUCCAAUGCCACGAGGAAGCCAGUGAGGAAUGCAGCUCCUCCUCCAAGCAGUCUGUGUGUUGUAAGAACAGUUGGCAGACGAAUUGCAAGGAUGCUGAGACAUGGAGCAGUGCAGAUGAGGUGCCACCUGUCCCUGGCAAGCUCAAGUCACGCAGCUGUGAUGACUUACUCAAUGAUGGGCAUUCUGGCUCAGGCGGGCGCAACGCCACCCGCUCAGAAAGUGCUGGGUCCCUGGUUUGCGAUGGGAAUCCCUCAGGUUCGACUGGAUCCAUCUCCACCCGCUCGCUGCCUCGCCUCCAUCGGCGACGGGCGCACGAUUCACCAGGCUUUCUCCAGCUCUAUCGCAAGAUGCACCAGAUCGACCGAGCUCAUCUCAUCCCAUCUGACGUCAUCCGCUCGGUCCGCGCUCGCAUCCUGGAGCUAGAGGGCCAGCCUCACCUGCAUCGGCAUCGCCUCUCUCCUUGGACGCCCUCUUGGGGCAUGGAGGUGCCACGCGAUACGGUGCCAAACCGCAUUUCUGCAUAUGAGCUCCUUAUUCAGAAGUCCAAAUCCAUGCCCAACUUGGGUGAUACUGAGGUGCCUUCAGGCGCUACCACGCCAGGCGGCUCGUCCUCUCGAGCCAGCAGCGGCGGCGGUGUCACACCCAGUUUUCCGAAACGUCGUUUUUCCAUAGAGUCUUUACUAGAGGAAGACAGCAACGGCAACAGUGGAGCAGUCCCUCACACCAUGGAUCACCGGCAUCAGCCUCGUAGCCCACCUGAGGGCCAGCCUCGUGUUGGGCCGGGGCCCAGCCGUGGGCGGUCCUUUCCUGCUCCUCCUGUUCCUCAAGGCCCACAAGCCAACCCAGACUACUCUGACAGUGAACAAGACGCUGUUGCGUCAGACCUCAGCGACUUCAUCCAGGCGGAGGGCUCCUCAUUUUGCAGUGAGAGUGACUUUGACCAUUGCUCACUGACCUCCUCUGAGAGCUUGUACGGCUCUUCCAACCUUCACCACCACCACCUCCGUCAUCAGCACCACCAUCACCACCAGCACCCUGGUCACCAAAGUUUAGGCCAGAGCCAGGGCUACCAACACCGCCACCUCAUCAGCUCCUGCAAAGGCCGCUGCCCGGCUUCUUAUACCCGUUUCACAACCAUGCUUCGCCAUGAGAGAGAGCGAGCGCGCCAGCAGCACCAGAGACCUCCACAGCAGAGCAGCCAUUCCCAAAUCCAGAGCUCACAGUCCCAGCAAGCAAUGUCCAAGCUGGCCUUCCUGGUCAGCCCAGUGCCUUUCCGCAGGAAAAAGGGCUCCCCGCCUACCUCCAGAAGAAGUAGUGGUGGCGCAGAUCGAGGUGGCAGACCCAAGUCCAAACAGGCCAUUUAUGAUGCACUAGAUGCAGCCUUGAGAGACAUAUAUGAGCACAUUCAAGCAGAGCGAGGCCACAGAGGAACGAGGGCACCCGAUGAUAGCAUCCUGAGGAGAAUACUGGCCGAACUGCUGCCGAAUGUGCCUGAACGAAGCUCCUCGUUGCGGGGGAGGAGGGGUUGUUGGCAAGGGGGGCAGUUCUCUGCAUCUUUGUACCCAGAUGGGAGCCCCACUGAGUACGCCUCACAUAGAGGGGAUCCCUCCACACCGCGGAUACAGUCACCAAUCAGUGCCUGUUACGGACGCCACUCAGACACCGCAAACAAUAACGAAUAUGGAGAGGAGCAGGGCAAUGGAAACGGUCUCUGUUAUUCAGGUGGAGAUAAUACACGUAUUACACCCCCGUUAUGCAUGAGUACACUUAGUCAUACCAGCACAUAGUGUUUUCUUUGACUAAACAUACAGUAACGAACAUAUACACAUUAUCCACCUACAUUUACCUCAAUGUCUCUUUCAGCAUUGCAUGGGCCUGUUGCUCAAUCGGUCAGCCGAUACAUCCUUUACUGUGCUGUUCUGUGUAUGAGAUUCAGUAAGAAUGUUUACUGUAAAUUCUCAAGUAAAGCCUGGUGUUAAAAUAUCUGCCAUUCUUUUGCUCUGUGAUAAGCUAACGUCAGUGAAACUAAACCCGUCCUGCUGGUGUUUCACAUUAAAGGUCUGCUUCUAAAAUGGGAGGAUUAGGCUUUUUGAGCUGCUGGAAACCCUAAUUUGCAACAUAAAAAGAAAAGCUGGAUUGACAGUAGCUUAAUAGCUUGAACAAAACAACGGCAGAGUGGGAAGAAUUUGAAUUAAAUAGUGAGGGGGAACAAUAUUUCUCAUAGAAAGAGAAAAUCAGAGUAACAGAAUAGUAAGUAAGAGCAGUUCAGAGAUAUAUUUGUCUCAAAUGAAGGCCUGAGUUUUACUGUAAUUGAGGCAAAUCAUUAUUUGAGAAUUCACAGUUUAUUACUCUGGUUGAAGUUAAUACAUGCGAAUAUUCCUCUGUAUGUUUAUCAUUUGAUUAUUGGUUUGGUUAUAUGAUGUGUUUAUGGAGUCGUCUUUCUGUCCCACAGUCAUGCUUUCCUUCAAGCCAUUUGCUUGUAUGUUCGUGUUUGUAUAUUUCGUCUUCCCCUCUUUUCAUUUUGUGUUUUCAGCAAUAUUCAACGGCAUGUUUCAUAUUGUGGGAAUUACAAUCACCUUGUUUUUCCAGUGAAAUGGAAAUAAAACAAUCUUUUUUUGACCCCGGAGCUUUCAUUCCCUCAUUUACUUGGUUGGAAUGGUGUCAUUUCAUCACUGUUACCAUUCAGUACUUUCGCCAAAGCACAUUUCUGUAUUGUGAGCAUGCAUCAUGUGAUAUGAUUGUGCUUACUACGGUAACUCCUGUUACCUUUCUCACGUGUCUCUGCUAA